ACCGUAAAUGUCAAAAUGAAAGUCCGCGAUAAAACAGGCCGUUACAAGAAAGUUGUGAAUUCUCGGCGAUUAAAGAAACAGUCGAAUGUUAUAGAAGAUCACAAUUAUGUUGGAGCACAUUUGUGUAAUGGACAAGACUGUGAAUGCCAGCCGAAAUUGCCUAAAAAUGUGUCAAGGAUGGGCUGGAAGACAGGUCGUAGAAUCGUGGAGUUUGAUGUUCUUCUUUCUGGUUUAAAGAGUUGCAAAUUCUGUGGUCUUGGACCAGUUCCACUGACGCUUUUUAACAUUGUGGGCGGGUUACAGAGGGGUCUUGGGGGAUACCUUUAUGUGAAAUGUACAAAUAAUGACUGUGAAGAAAUUAACAUUGUUCCUUAUGGGAAGACACAUCGUCAGCAAAAGUCGAAGGGAAUUCCAAGUUUUGUUGUCAACACGAAGCUGGGAACCGCAAUGAUUGACAGUUUAGGUGGGCCCGUACGUGUAAAUAACUUCCUGGCAUCAUUGAACCUGAAGCCGAUUAGUAACAAAAACCUAAAGACCAUGGAGAGACGGGCUGGAAACAUUGUUGAACAUGUGGCCGACAUGUCAACUCGCGAGGCAGCCAAAGAUGCCUUCCAUCAAGAAAUGAAGGAAGUGGCUGAAGCUGAGUCCAAGAGAGCUGCUGACAGGAUGGAAGGCCUUAUCGAAGAUCUUGGUGUAUGUCCACUUCCAGAUGUCUCCCCUAAACUAAAAUUGAUGUUACAACCUGACAACCAGGUGGAUGAUGAUUGGACUGAUGUAGAUGAGGAUAAUGAUGAAACUGAUGAUGUGAGACACUCCUCCGCUUUGAAAAGGAGACGUUAUCAAGUUAGAAAACAUAAACAUCCAAUGCUGUCUCGGGCACAGAAAACACCAUCAAGUCGAGUGUGUCUGGCAUCGAAGUUCCCUUGUCACUCUAGAACAGGAAUGUCUUGUGCGGUAGAUACUGCCUGGCACAAACGUGGCUUUGACAGCUUGACUUCUCACACCUUCUUCAUGAGCAAGGCACAGUAUGGAAAGAAAGUAGUGAAAGCAGUCAAAAGGAAUAGACCUUCAGAGGCAGUACGAAAUCAUCGUUGUGUUCAUGAUCACACAGGAAGUGCCAGGCUUAUGGAAAGUGAGCGGGGUGUAUUUGAGCUACACAAGGACGGAACCACUGUGGAAGUGAUUGAAGGCGAUGGAGAUAACACCAUGAUAGCUCGUCUGAAAUCCAAAUCAAACAUUAGCUUGAAAAAGAAAUUUGACAGAAAUCAUAUAGUGAAAAACAUUGGAAAGAAGCUAUAUGCUCUUCAGGCGGACAAAAGCACAAAGCUCAGUAAGUUAGUGAUCCUACACAUUCAGAAAUGUGUGAAGUAUAUUCUAGCAAAGAAUCAAGGUGAUCCAAAGGGACUAGAAGAAAAUCUGAAAGCUUUAGUACCUCAUCAAUUCGCAGACCACACAAUGUGCCAGCCUCGAUGGUGUGGGUACAAGCGUGACCGCAGUGUUAAAUACUCACACAGAAGCCUGCCCUACAAAGGACCGCUGAAGGACGACCACCUUAGAUCUCAGCUAGAAAAACUGUUUGAACCAGUUGUGAUGAAGGCUCCCCAGCUCGCAGACCUCGGUUCGAGUCAGCAGUGCGAGCAUGCCAACAGAGAGGUCACCAUGAGGGCUCCAAAGUCCCUUCAUUAUGGGAAUUCAGAAUCUUUGGAUUUUAGAGUGAAGGCCACAGCAGCAUUCAUCAAUGAAGGGCGUCACUACAUUUCAAAGGUACACUCCGAGGCAGGUCUUUCCCCUGGUGUCCACAGCCUCAGAUAUGCAGAUAAAUGCCAGAAGCAUAGGAAGCGUGUCCAGGAAAGAUCAGCACUGCCAUCGACUAAGCGGCGGCGACUACAACUAAAACAAGAGCGGUCAAUAACACAAGGUGCUCAAGAAGCUCUUGAAGGCAUGUCCUAUCAGUCAGAGAUCGGGCAUUCAGAUGAUGCUGACAUCCAAAAGCUGCCAGAUCCAGUCCCUCGUGGUGACUUCAAACCUAUAGUGCUGCCAACAGGACAGCCUACAUACAUUGCUUUUGACCUGGAGACAACUGGCCUUAUACACGAUGGCCAGAUCCCACAUAUUACCCAGGUUGCUGCCACAGAACCUAAAAGUGGGAAAGCUUUCAAUAUGUAUGUUCUACCUACAUUGCCCAUAUCUGACAAGGCACAAGAAGUGACCGGCCUAAGAAUGGUGGAUCACAAGAUGCAGUACAAUGGAACUAAUGUAGAAGCUUAUUCCAUAUAUGAAGCUUUGAAAUCAUAUUGUGAUUGGUUAGAAAAAUUUCAGAAUGUUGUAUUGGUUGCGCAUAAUGGCAGAAGAUUUGACUUUCCUGUUUUGUUGACGGCAUGUGACAAUGUAGGAUUGAGGGACAGAAUGUGUAAGUGUGUUGCUGGAUGCGCGGAUUCACUGUCUAUAUUUAGAAAAGCAUACCCAAACAGGAAGUCUUACAAACAGGAAGACCUUGCAAAGGAUCUAUUGGGAGCUUCAUACUGUGCUCAUAAUGCUUCAGAAGAUGUCACAAUUCUUGGUAAACUUAUUCACCACUUGGACAUAUUAUCUGUUGAUCUGCUGCCGCACACAUUUUCAGCAAAAUCUGUGUACAAUUCCCAGUUGUGCAGUCGAGAAAAAUCAAAGAAUUUGCCGUCACUUAGAGUAUUGAUUUAUAAUAGUGUGUGUAAGUUAACUACAGCCGAGAAUAUUGCUGCAUCCGGCUUGAACCUACAACAUCUAAGGUGCAUCUUUAAGCGCCAAGGCGAAGAUGGUCUUCGGAACAUUUUCGUGAUGAAGAACUGUGACGGUCAGCCACGAGUAACUAAUACUAAAAGAACAUUAGAAACUGUUAUCCCUGCCCUUGCACAGUAUUUUUCAAGGACUUAGUGUGUGACAUAGCAUUUUUAUAUGAUAUACUUCUGUGUUGCUCCAGAGGUGAUACUUUGGGAAUAAUACAGUUUAGUACACUGGUCGUGCUCUUUCUAAAGUCAGAACAAUACGUUGAGAUCCAUUUCAAGUUGACAUUUUUUACAUUUACUCAGUAUAUACAGUAAUUAACAUAUUUAUAGAAUGCUUAGAAUAUAGCUUCAUGAUAAUUAGGUCAUUUUGAGAAUGUUUGAUACUUUUCAAAAUGUAUUUUGAAUUUUACAUAAAGAAAUGUGUACUGUUGAU